AAAGUCGAAAACGGAAGAAGAAGAAGUCCAAUUGCCUGUGUAAGAAGUUUCCAAGAUGGGGCUUGAAAGUACUAUGGUCUGUGUGGACAACAGUGAAUACAUGAGAAAUGGAGACUUUCUACCGACAAGACUACAAGCUCAACAAGAUGCUGUUAACAUUGUUUGCCACUCUAAAACACGCAGUAACCCAGAAAACAACGUGGGCCUCAUAACUAUGGCAAAUAACUGUGAGGUCCUGACCACACUGACACCAGAUACUGGCCGCAUCCUGUCCAAACUCCACGCUGUCCAGCCCAAAGGAACAAUCUCGUUCUGCACAGGCAUCAGAGUGGCUCAUCUGGCCCUGAAACACAGACAAGGAAAAAACCACAAGAUGAGGAUCAUUGCCUUUGUUGGAAGCCCUGUGGAGGAUAAUGAAAAAGAUCUUGUCAAGAUGGCCAAACGCUUGAAAAAAGAGAAAGUGAACGUGGAUAUUGUCAACUUUGGAGAAGAGGAGGUGAAUACAGAAAAGCUAACAGCUUUUAUAAACACUCUGAAUGGAAAGGAGGGGACUGGGUCUCAUCUAGUCACAGUCCCUCCAGGGCCUAGUCUGGCUGAUGCAUUGCUUUCUUCUCCCAUCCUGGCUGGUGAAGGAGGUUCUAUGAUGGGUCUUGGUGCCAGUGACUUUGAGUUUGGUGUAGAUCCCAGUGCUGAUCCAGAGCUUGCCCUGGCCCUCCGUGUAUCAAUGGAGGAGCAGCGACAGAGGCAGGAGGAAGAGGCCCGCAGAGCUGCUGUAGCUUCUGCAGCCGAGGCAGGCGUGCCAACACCCACUGCAGACGAAUCAGAAGAGACCUUACUGAAGAUGUCAGUAUCUCAGCCUGAGAGUGGUGCAGCAGUGCUUCCUGACUUCAGCAGCAUGACAGAGGAGGAGCAGAUCGCCUAUGCCAUGCAGAUGUCUCUUGCUGGAGGAGAAUACUUGGACCCUGCCCCCAUGGACACUACUGAAUUAGUCAAGGAGGAAGAUGACUAUGAUGUGAUGCAAGACCCAGAGUUCCUUCAAAGCGUCUUGGAGAGCCUUCCUGGUGUCGACCCGAGCAAUGAGGCCAUCCGCAACGCCAUGGGCUCCCUGGCCUCCCAGACAGGAAACAAGCCAGAUGCUAAGAAGGAUGAGGAGAAGAAGAAAUGAGGAAAAGAAGAAACAGAGACUGUAGACUUUGACCAGGACAAAAAGAACAUUUGCAAAUGAAUACAGGAUUGCGAAAAAAGAUUGCUGAUGCUUUGUCCUGUUCAACAGCACUCUGACCAACAUUUAAUUAUAUCCUUUUCUCUCACAACACUCGAGCAACAAUUAACAAAAAAUAAAAUAUUAUAGAAUUACUGGAUUAUUUAGUGUAAAAUCUGACCACCCAGUAACAUAAAUUUAUUACUUCUCAAUGUGAUGUGGGCCUGUUUGCAAACUGAGUUGUUACCCUACAUUUUCCUACUUUUACUGAUUGAUUGAAAACAAACUGUAAGAGAAGACAUUUAAAAUAAACUUUAGGCCACACACUUCUGUCAUGUUUUUGUGUUUUGCAAUAAAAGUCACGCAUAAAUA